CUCGACGCCCGCGACCACUUCGUGUGAGGCUUGACCGAUCAGCAGCUAACAGCAUGGAUUUCGGUUUGCAAGACGUCCAUGUUUUGGUUACAGGGGCGAGCGGCGGUAUCGGACUCGCCACUGUGCGCAGCUUCCUACAGGUCGGCGCGCGCGUGACUGCGCACUACAACACCAAGUCCGCGCCGCUUGAGCCGCUGCUCACCGAGCACGGCUCGACGCGUCUGCGCCCGCUGCAGGCGGACCUGUCCCGCGAAGACGACACGCAGCGCCUCUUCGCCGUUGCCGCGGACGCGCAGAGCGGGUUUGGCCCCGUGCAGGUCGUGGUGGUCAACCACGCGUACUACGAGACGCGCGAGGUGCCAGUUGCGCAGAUGUCGCUUGCGCAGUGGGAGUCGACGAUCAGCACGAACCUCACGUCGUCCUUCCUUGUCGCGCGCGAGUACCUGCGCGGGCUGGAGCAGGCCGAAGAGGGCAAGAAGGAGAAGGCAGCGAUCGUGCUGAUCGGGAGCACGGCAGGCAAGUAUGGCGAGCUGGGUCAUGCCGACUAUUCUGCUACGAAGAGCGCGAUGAUGUACGGACUGUGCCUCACAUUGAAGAAUGAGAUCGUGAAGAUUGCCCCGAAGGGACGGGUCAACGCUAUUGCGCCAGGAUGGGUCAAGACGCCUAUGGCCGAGGAGUCUUUAAAGGACCCGAACGUUGUAUAUCGGGCGUUGGCAACGUCCCCGCUGAAGAAAGUAGCCACCCCGCAUGAUGUGGCGGGCCAGGUCGUCGUCAUCUCCUCGCCGACCCUCUCGGGGCACAUCACUGGUCAGGUCCUGAUGAUCGAGGGCGGCAUGGAAGGUCGGCUAUUGAACGAGCGGAAAGACUUGGGGCUUUGAAUACUUUCCCAGUGUUCUUUACCUGAGCAGAGUUCUGCAUGCAUGUAUCGCGAAUUUAGCUUUGGUCCC